AUGGCAACUCCUGAAGACGAACAGAAGCCCAGCAUAGCGGGCGAAAAUACCCAUUCCACGGAUCAAGGUCCAGAUGUCGAAAAGAAUGACUCUGGGGAGCAGCCUCAAAUGGUUAAGACCUCGGCAUUCAAAGGACUUGGUCUACUAGAUCGUUUUCUAGCACUUUGGAUAUUACUUGCUAUGGUAAUUGGUAUUAUACUGGGCAAUUUUGUCCCUAGAACUGGCCCAGCAUUGCAAAAAGGAACGUUUGUCGGUGUUUCCAUCCCUAUAGCAAUCGGCCUUCUGAUCAUGAUGUACCCGAUCCUCUGUAAGGUGCGCUAUGAGUCGCUGCACCAUGUCUUUCAAACCCAUGAGAUCUGGAUUCAGAUCGCUUUUAGCAUUCUGGUCAAUUGGAUAAUUGCUCCAUUUCUAAUGCUGGGCUUAGCUUGGGCUUUCUUGCCAGACGAACCAGAGCUUAGGGAAGGGCUUAUUCUUGUGGGAUUGGCGAGGUGUAUAGCCAUGGUCCUGAUCUGGACCGGCCUUGCCGGCGGUGAUAAUGAAUAUUGCGCUAUCCUCGUGGCGAUCAAUUCUCUGCUUCAGAUGAUAUUAUUCGCACCUCUAGCCGUUCUAUUCAUCAAGAUAAUCGGACACUCGAGCAGGGAGGUCGCAUUCUCAUACUCGACGUCUGCAAAGAGCGUGGGGGUAUUCCUUGGGAUACCACUGGCAGCUGCAAUCAUAACUCGCUUCAGUUUACGCAACCUCGCCAGCCCAGCUUGGUAUGAUAAGACCUUUUUAAAGUGGAUCAGUCCUUGGUCUCUCAUAGGCCUUCUCUUCACUAUUCUGGUGUUGUUUGCUUCGCAAGGCAAGCAGGUUGUUCAUCAGAUAGUUUCGGUAGUUAGGGUGGCAGCCCCUUUGACCGUCUACUUCGUGAUAGUGUUCUUCCUGACUCUAUACGUUACCUACCGGCUCGGAUUCGGCUAUAAACUCUCUGCCACACAGAGCUUUACAGCAGCUAGCAAUAAUUUUGAACUCGCAAUUGCUGUUGCUGUCGCCACGUUCGGGCCGAAUAGCAGCCAGGCGCUGGCCUCUACUGUCGGGCCACUUAUCGAGGUGCCGGUUCUUCUCGGUCUCGUUUACGUUGUUAAAGCGAUAGCCAGAAGAGUGAGCUGGAAGGACUGA